AUGACUCAAAAAGAGUUCUUUUUUCUCCUGGUGACCGAGCAACAAGAACAAAUUCCAUUUUGGGCUUCAACCACUUUGCGUCUAGUUUUUACCUGUUAUAGCAGGAUCUGGCAAUGUGCCCCACUGGUCCCUGUUCCCCACGGCAUUUGCGGCUUCACACAGACCACUAUUAGCGCCGUUUGGCUGACUGCGGAGAAAACGGGUGCAAAGGGACCGCCCCAGGAUUGCGACUCUGCCUCACAGGCACAGUUCAACAGCGGCAACAGAGAUGUGACAGCCCAGCAAGCGAAACUCUUGGGCGUUGCUAGCCUCUUUGUCAUCAGACAAGCCCGUAUGCUUACUGCUUGCACAGCAACGCCAUCAGCGAAGAGUGGUGGGAAGGGGGAUUGA